AUGGGAUCUAAGGGGCUCGGCCUCUGCCUGCUGCGGGCCGCCACCUUGCUCAUGAUCGACCGGAUCUCCGCCGCCUACUCAGUUCGCCGCUCGAGACCACAACAGCGCGUUGUCGAUGAGGUGCCACUGGCGCUCCUUAACGUCAAGAGCAAGGUGGCCUUCCCGAUCUCCGACGAUGGGAGAACGUCGUUGACUCCACGAGCUCGCCAGCGCUGCAACUCACUCGACCGCUUGGGAGCCUAUAGUGCGGCCACGCUAGGUGCCCGGAGCCGCCUCCAUCGACGCUCGUUGACCAUGGCUAUCCUCAGAGGAGACAGCAGCGCAGAAGGUGGGCUCAUGGCGGAGGGACCGGCGAGCUGGGCGUAA